GGAGUAUAGCCAGAGUGGUUGGCCCCUACUAUGCCCUUCCAACACCCGUGCCCCUAAAAAUUGUUAUUUCAACAACUCAAACUUAUCGCAACGCUACUUUUACCGUCACAACAUAACACCCCCCCUCUCUCAAUAAAUACUCAACACCCUUCUUUCAUUUCACAUCAUCACAUCUCUUCUUUUUCUUCUUCUAUCUUCAAUUUCUUCUCUCUACUCUCAAACAAAAUUAUUUAAUUAUUAUUAUGGGGCUUAGAAAAUCAAACAAGAUUUCACAAAGUGCGGUCUUGAAGCAAAUAUUGAAGAGGUGUUCGAGCUUAGGGAAGAAGAAUAGUCAUAAUAAUGGAUACGAAAAUAAUAACAACGAUCCUUUUCCUCUUGAUGUUCCAAAAGGGCACUUUGCUGUUUAUGUUGGUGAGAAUAGAAGAAGGUACAUUGUUCCGAUUUCGUUGUUGGGUAAUCCUGAAUUUCAAUGUCUUCUUCGUCAAGCCGAAGAAGAAUUCGGGUUUGAACAUGACAUGGGUCUCACUAUUCCUUGUGAAGAAGUUGUUUUUCUCCGCUCCUUAACUACUUCAAGUUGAUUAUGACGACGACGGCGGCGGCGGCGACCAUGACGAAGAUGAAGAUAUGCAGUUAUUAUUAUUGAUUUUCUCAUCAAGUUCUUCCUUUUUUUAACUUGUCUUAUCUUCAUCUUAGUCAUGCUAAGCUUGUUCUCAAUCUCAUCAUCGUCAUGAUUAUUCUUGAUGUAUUUUCUUUUUCUUUUUCUUUUUUUUUUAUUUUUGGGGUAGGAGGUUGUUUGAACAACCUAUGUAUGUGGUUGUUUUAAGUAUGACUCUAACUUUAAUUUUGAAUAUGAGGAACCUCAUACACAUGCAUACACAAGUAGAUGUGUGUGAUGAGGGAUUAGGGUUUGAUGGAUGGGGUGAAAAAUUGUACAAAAAGUUGAGGUUUUCCUUGCAGAAGAGCUAUAUAUAUAUAUAGUAUGCUUCUGUGAGAGAAGUUAGUUAAUUUGUUAAUUAACUAUGUCAAUGUCAAUGUUAAUGAAUGCAAUGGAGUUCAUUUUCUCUC